AUCCAUCAUGGAGGGAUUUUUAUUUGCAGACACCGGUUGCUUUAGUUGCUCGCAGUUUGCAAUAUGACACAUUCCCACUGUUGGAGGACGUUUGAACCUCAUCUUAUGUCACACAGUUUCAGUUAGAUGGAUUAUAGAGCCAACGAUCCCAACUUUGGAGCACGGGAUCCUUCAGCGUUCUUGUGGAACCAACUAGUGUCUGGUGAACCCGUCUUAUUGGGAAUUGACUCAUUUCGUUCCCCUGUCGUCCGAAUCAAAGAUCAAAUACUGAACGCUGCAUUUCGUAAUACAUUCGACAAACGGGCAGAAUCUGCGUCGUGUUUUAUGCUCGGAAAUGUGCAGCUCCUUGUAGAAGGCGAUGGAAUUGCAGUUGUCAUUGACCAGUUUUGCACCGAUACUGUGACACCCUCUGCAUCUUCUCGACUUCAAGUACCUUACAAGUUUAAGAAGGGACAGAGCUCCGAAAGACCUACCACAAAAGAGGACUACCUUGCAAGGAUAGAGGAGUUCCACAACGACUGGGUUCAACAGAACUUGGAAUUUGGAGCUAGCCUCGAAUGUGCAGUUUCUCUGGUGCUGACCGCUCGUACAAAGGGGCCGUCUUGCAAUCUCGUCGCGGAGGCUUUCACGGUCGACUUGCCCCUCAGGGUCGUCCCCCUCUUUGCUAUCCCCGUGAUCAGAAACGCCGUCUACGAAAGCCUGCGUCUCAGUCGGAACGCCCUUCCAGACUUCGGGUUCAUAACACUGUGCGGUGAACGACUUUGUCUGUUUGCAAAGAAUCGACUCAAGGAAGCUGACCUUAACUUCAUAGGCAUCUGGGUUAGCGGCAUUCAUUCCGUUCAGCAUCCGUACGUCUGGUGGGCUGGAGCGCAGUUCCUCAGCAAUGUUCACAUCGCAUCACGGUUAUCCGGCAUCUUUCUCAUAGCCCUAUUUCCCACGGCGUCGAGUUCGGUGCCGGGACAGGCACUGUUUUACAACUGUAUCUGCACAAACGUUUGCAAACCGCGGUAUCAGUUGUGGAGAGGUUGUGCAUCCACGUCUGUCUCACGGGUUCCAACAACAACUAACAAGGUCAUUACGAUGGCGCUGGAAAAAGUAGCGUGCGGAAAAUCGUCUGAAAACUUUGAAUGGGCUGCGGAGGAAUUUGCUGCCAAGUGUAGCAUUGACUCAAACAGAAACACGCAACCCAUGCAGGGCAUGCCUCGAAGAGAUGCUACCUCUCCUAAUUGUGGAACGUGGCCUCAGCCCUCUGCUCCCAUAGCAAACGUACCGAUCAACACAAACCCGUCUGUGCCAGAUGUUUCGUUCUACGGCUCGUCGCCGUACUACCAGCAGAGCGGCCAACCAGCGGCGGUCUUUCCUGCGGAGACGACCGAUUUUUCUCAACGUUCGACGAUUCCGCUGAUGUCACCGACCGAACGGAACUUCGGAAUGGGAUAUUCUCCCGAACAGCUCCAGUAUCAGGCUAUGCCUCUAAACUAUCCUUCGCCGCCACUACAGUAUGCAGGCUAUGCUGCAAAUAAUCCUUUGCCCGCACAUACUCAACAUGCGGUUCCAUCAGCCAAUAGCAGUAACGCUCCACAUUUUUUGGGAGCCACAGGCACUGUCGCCUCGGCAAGUAGCCCGGCACCAUAUCCGCCAACAGGUGGACAAAACGCUCCGCAGUUUCCUGCGAACAAGAAUGUGAAUAUUCAGGACAUGCAGCCUCCAGGCCAGCAGGCAGGAAAUUGCCCACGUGAAAGGCUUCCGAGCGAUGGCAGUCCAGGCGCGUCACCUGAAGUCUACGAAUUGAUCAGGCGGCAAGAUCAGCAACUGUCCGAACUGAAAAUGCAGAUUCAGUUGCUGCUCGAGGGUCAGCGCCGUAAGAGCAUCGGAGAAGGUGACGGCACGAGAGAACAGAAUGGAAGUCCAAGGCCUCCUGAGCGCCUGUCUGUGGGACUUGAAAAAGAGCAACACACACCAAACGCUUCGGAUGCGUCGACAAUGACGGAAACGGCGUCGAGCCCGCCUAGACGACAGCCACCGUCAUUCGACGCGGGGACACAGACGGACGACCCGAAGGAAGGCUCUCGGUGCACAUUAUGCGGUCGCUGCUCUCCUCCACGAACGCUGAAUCACGCAUCACCGCAGAUGCUGGGUAGACCCUAUGAAGACCACGAGCAAGAUGACAAGGCAUACACAUUGUUCUUCCCGGAAAAAGCCCAGAAGAAAAAAGGGGGCCGUGCAAGACAGGGAACGGCAAACGCAUUUCACGCGGAUCAGCGCAGUCACAGCACAGCUGUGAAGAGAGGUGGUCACGUCCCGGUUGGGUCCAGCAAUCCUUGCAGCGCAAUAAGUGUGGACAACUCUAAGGGCUACACGUACGGCAGUCCCCAUCAAGGAUUUGAAUCGUCUCAGCACACUGUAAGCUUUUGCGAGGACGUGAGUGUACUCGGGAAGGUGGGUUCAGGUGGAGACAGCACAGCUAAGUCGACGCUGGAGACAUUCAUCCACCCCCGCCUCAAAUACCAGACCUUGCACCUCAAUGACUCUUCCGUGUACAGAAGCAGUGGCAGCGAUUUGAGCUUCCAGGCAAAUUGCAUAGCACAGAAGUACUGUACUUCUGCCAAGAACUUUGGAGCACCGCAGCCGUCCCCGGCUGCCCUUGGAGAACGGAAGAAGAAAGGUCCGCAGGGUCUCCUGAAGCACGUGCUCGAGCAGGAAGCACAGAAGAAAGUGGGGCAGGAGGUGUUUUCAGAAUACGAGGAAUCAAACGCAGUAUCCUUUGCAACCAGGGAGUACCUCAAGAACUACGGGCUGUUGGAUGACGGACGUCAGGGUGGAUGGGAUGAUGACGAUGAGGAGGUCGAUGACCGAGUGUUGAAUAUCAGCGAGUUGAAGAAGUUACCGAAGUUGCUCUGACGGUGUUACGAAUGGUAUUUUGAACGUUGAGCGUCCUUGUAUGGAUGUAAUUUAUGUACAUAAGGUAAUAAGGUAUAAGUAUAUGCGAGAUAUUUUUGUACGUAUUGGUGCUCCUUGUGGAAGUUUGUCUGCUACUGUGCCUUUCGGUUUAUUUAUUUAUUUUUAUUUUUUCCUGAAGAAAUCAAAAUUGAAUGCCCA